GUGAUAGUGCCCAAGUCGAAGAACGAGCCUCUGGGCGUGGUGAUCGUGGAGUCUGGCUGGGGCUCGAUGGUGCCCACAGUGGUGUUGGCCAAUAUGCUGCCCACUGGACCAGCCGCGCGCUGUGGUCAGCUCAACAUCGGGGACCAGAUCAUCUCUAUCAACGGGAUCAGCCUGGUGGGGCUGCCGCUGUCGGCGUGCCAGACCUACAUUAAGGCGUCGCGGUCCCAGACAGUGGUCAAGCUGACCGUGGUUCCGUGCCCCCCGGUGGUAGAAGUCCUCAUCAAGCGGCCCGACGUCAAGUACCAGCUGGGCUUCAGUGUACAGAACGGCGUGAUCUGCAGCCUGCUGCGCGGGGGCAUCGCGGAGCGGGGCGGCGUGCGGGUGGGCCACAGGAUCAUCGAGAUCAACAACCAGAGCGUGGUGGCCGUGCCCCACGAGAAAAUCGUCACGCUUCUUGCCAGUUCUGUCGGAGAG